CUUGUUCUGCAGUCAGCGUGUGUUCUCUAUCUCUCUCUCUCUCCUCCUCCUCUCUGCCAGAGUUUCACCUGAAGCCAUGAACGCUGGGAUCUGUGUGUGUGUGCUGCUUGCUGCCCUCUCCACCAGCAGUUGCCUUUCUCUCCCCACACACUCAGAAGAUCUCGGGCCCGUAGCGGAACACACACGCCACACCCGUGCAGCGUCCUCCAGUGGACAACUCAGCCUGCUGUCCAAAGCAGAGGAUGAUGAAGAACCCCGCAGCAGCUUGACUGAACUACUGGCCAGAAUCAUAUCCACCAAAGGUACAUAUCGCAGAAGCCCCUCUCCAAAUAGCAGGUCCAUGGGCAACAAUCACAGAAUAAAGGACAGAGAUUACUUGGGAUGGAUGGAUUUUGGCCGACGGAGCGCAGAGGAGUAUGAAUACUCCUCAUAAGAUCUUUUCAACAAAUCAUGUUAAUCAACCUGAUUAUCCAAUCGUCUGUACAGAGUCACCCAUUUUAAUGUCAAUCAAAUUACAGUCUGAGA